AUGAGGGGCGAGGCGAGGAUGCUGUGCGCGCUGGGCCUGGUGCUGCUCUGCGUGGCGGCGCUCCUCCAGGGCGCGCACUGCCGCGGCGGCGGCGGCGGGGGACACGGCGGAGGUGGAGGUGCAGGCCAUGGAGGGGGCGGAGGUCGCGGAGGCGGAGGCUCCGGGAGAGGGCGCUCAGGCGGGAGGGCCCGCCCGAUCAUCGCCGGCGCGGGCGCGGGCGCCCUCGCUGGGGCUGGCGCGGGCGCGCUCGCCGGCAGGGCCGCGUCGGGGUCGCACGGCCGCAGCGCCGCGGGCGAGCCGCGCGUCGCCUGGAGGGCCUCCGGCGCCGCCGCCGCCCUCGCGGCCGCCGCGCUCGUUCGGUGGCUCUGA